GGAUCUACCAUUACUUGAAGGACUUCUGCGGCUGCCACGUCUCCUGGUCCGGGACGCAGCUCCGACUGCCGGAGAGUUUGCCCCCGGUCUCCACCGAGAUCAUCGUCACCAGUCCUAACAGGUGAUUCGAUAUCGGAGGAGAAGGAAGGCAAAAGAUUCCAUAACCUCUGUUUGCGAAGCAGGAGUAUAUCCGGCUUCGCCUUGAAAAUAUGGAAAGUAAAGGCGUAUCUCUUUGAGCUGCCCUUAGAGUAGAGUUCUGCUUCAGUUACGUUCACCGCCCUGCCAGCGGAUCGAAACGUUUGAGCUUUAACCAUUCGGUGCUGAAAAGAAAUUCAGCAGAAUGUUUGGCAUAGGAUGUGUCUGGGACUUACUGAACUUCCGAUUGCCCAAUAGUUAUUUAAGGCAAAGUGGUUCUCUCCAAGCCUCACGCCUGCAAUGUGGUUCCGCUUCUAUCAAAAUGUCUGCACUUACAGCUAUUCCUACGUAUGGUGGAACUGGGACCGCUGGGAACAGGAGAUUGACUGGAUGGCACUCCAUGGCAUUAACAUGGCACUGGCAUUCACUGGGCAGGAAGCCAUCUGGCAGCGGGUGUAUUUGUCCCUAGGUCUAAACCAGUCAGAAAUUGACGAGUACGUCACUGGCCCUGCUUUCCUAGCCUGGAACCGGAUGGGGAAUCUGCAUACUUGGGCAGGACCGCUGCCCUUCUCCUGGCAUCAGAAACAACUGAAUUUGCAGUACAGGAUCCUAGAGAGAAUGAGGUCUCUGGGUAUGUUGACAGUGCUGCCUGCCUUCUCUGGGCAUAUCCCCCAAGGCAUUUUAAGGGCUUUUCCGCAGGUCAAUGCCACACAGCUGGGGAGCUGGAGUCACUUUGAUUGCACCUAUUCAUGCACCUAUCUCUUGUCCCCUGAAGAUCCCAUGUUUCAGGUCAUAGGGACCCUCUUUCUGAAGGAGCUGAUCAAAGAGUUUGGUACAGAUCAUGUAUACAGUGCUGACACCUUCAAUGAGAUGCGCCCACUCUCAUCAAAUACCACCUAUCUCUCCAAGGUCAGCGCAGCUGUCUUCCACUCCAUGACAGGAGCUGACCCCCGCGCCGUAUGGCUGAUGCAGGGUUGGCUUUUCCAGCAUCAAAGAGACUUCUGGCAACCUGCUCAAGUUAAAGCCCUCCUUCAAGGUGUACCUAUAGGCAGGAUGGUGGUGCUGGACCUCUUUGCUGAAUCGAUGCCUGUCUACCUCUGGACUGAGUCCUUCUAUGGGCAGCCCUUCAUUUGGUGCAUGCUUCACAACUUUGGUGGGAACCAUGGCCUUUUUGGCACAGUGGAGAGCAUCAACCAGGGUCCUUUUGAAGCCAGACGUUUUCUCAACUCUACUAUGAUUGGCAUUGGCCUCACCCCUGAAGGUAUUGAGCAAAAUGAUGUGAUAUAUGAGCUCAUGACAGAUUUAGGUUGGCUCAAAGAGCCAGUAAAUCUACAACAGUGGGUUGCCACAUAUACUACAGAGCGGUACGGUGUCAAAAACAUGCAGGCAAUAAAGGCCUGGCAGCUGCUGUUCCAGAGCGUCUACAAUUGUUCAGGGCCUUGUGUAAAUCACAACCACAGCCCACUUGUUCGCCGUCCUUCUUUUCGGAUGAACACCGAGGUCUGGUACAACAAGAGUGAUGUCUAUGAAGCCUGGCGGCUGUUUCAAAAUUCUUCUGGUGAACUUGGCAACAGCAGCACCUUCUGCUAUGACCUGGUGGAUGUGGUACGUCAAGCUCUGCAACAGCUAGUGAAUGAUUACUACUUGGAAAUCAAACAGGCUUUUCAGAGACAUGUGCUAUCACAACUCCUGAUAACUGGUGGUGUUCUGAUCUAUGAUCUUCUUCCAGAACUAGACAGUCUUCUCUCCAGUGACAGGCAUUUUUUGCUGGGGUCCUGGCUGGAGGCUGCCCGCAAAAUGGCCACCAGCAAAAAAGAGGAACAGUUGUAUGACUUCAGUGCACGCAACCAGCUGACUCUUUGGGGACCUGAUGGCAACAUUUUGGACUAUGCCAACAAACAGCUUGGAGGGCUGAUGCUGGACUAUUAUAAGAUGCGUUGGAAUCUUUUCAUUAUUACCUUGGUGAAAUGCCUCAGUUCUGGAACAUCUUUUCACCAGGAUCAAUUUAACCAAGCUGUCAUCAAAGUAGAAAGGGGAUUUAUCUACAAUGGAAAACAGUAUCCAACAAAGGCUACUGGCAACACACUGGACAUAGCUACAAAGAUAUUUCUCAAAUAUUACCCCUCUGCCAUGAAGUACAGUCAUUUGAUGGCAGUGUGAUGGAGACAUGCUGUUCUCAGUAUAACUCUUUGGAUCAUUGAUUCCAGCUUUGUACUUGUGUUGGUUUUCUGAGUCAAAACUGACUCUGAUUUUUUUAAUAUAGGUUCCAGCGUCCAAGUAGAACUACAGCUAUAUGGGAGAAAAGGCCUACUGUUCCGCUGUCAGAAAAAGAGAUGCAUCAGGCUGUGCACAAAGUCUUGGAAGUAAUUCUCCUAAUGGGUAGAAUUUGAGUAUGGUUCAUAAUCAUUGGCAGAAAUUCAGCAUAUGAUCUUAGAGGUACCUGCCCAGGGUACCCAACUACUCCAGGGCUGGCUCAAACUCAAAAGUGUAUAGAGGCAUGACUGCAUUAACAGGAAUGAGUGCUAUUGACUUGGAUAGAUGAUCACAAGGCCUUCUUGUUUGGCUCCUCCUUAAAACAACCUAUAGCCCUACUCAGCCAUUUUCCUCCCUGUAGAUUGUUCUAUGUCACUGAGACCAGUGUGGUUUUGCUUCUCUGAAAAAGUGCCUAUAGAGGAAAUUGCUCAUAAUUUCUGCAAGACCUCUAUAAGCAAAGCCAUAUUAGUUUUGUGUGAAAAGUCAGACUAGAAUAAGGAAGACUCCUGGAACUAAAGAACUAUACAGACAUGUUUUCCUUUGCCCCUUAUGGCUAUAAUAAUGAAACAAUGAAAUAAUAAUGGAAGAGAAGAUGCAUACUGAUUUCAGUUCAAAUAUUGGUUUGUAGGAUAAUCCUAAUCCUACUAGGAUUAUCCUUCCAGGAUGCCCUUCCAAAAUGAAUACAAACAUCUUGGAGAGUGGAGGGAAGGAUUCAAAUAAUGUUGCCAUUCUAGAACCAUGUGGCUGGCUUAUACAGGACUUUGAGAUGAACCAGUGUUGCUUCUUCAUGGACUUAGAAAUACUUUAGGGAGAGUACCCUAACUGUCCCCACUAGUUGCCUUCCAGAUGUGUAGGUCCACAAUUCCCAUUAUCCUCUCAAUAUGGAACAUGUGAUAAUAUUUGUAUGGUCUAACUAAUCUGUUGGGAAAGACUAACUUACCUAGUUAGGACAAUUUCCCCAAACCUCUUCUGAGUUCUUAGUCCUCAUGUUUUGUUAUUUUCCUGCCUGUCAUAAUCUUUCACAGUGCCUUACUCUUCCUAAGUGACAGUUAUAUUUACACCCAC